AUGGGUGGCAGAACACUUCUUUGCACACUUGAGGUACAGAGCGGGGGAGGCGAAUGCACGCGAAGGACGUUUAACGUCGAGCGAGCGCCCCGCACCCUCCGCGAGGUGGUGGAGCUCCUGAGGGGACAGGACCUGCGGCUGCAACGCGGCGCAUUCGACGUCAGCGUCAGCCGCGGUGGCACGAGCGCGCUACAAAAACUACUUGCGGACAAGGACGUGGCGAAGUUUUUUUCCUCCUCCCAACGCGACGACGUCUUCUUCAAGGUUGCGCUCGAAGACCGCUUGGGUGGACUCGCCAACUCUAUGCUCGCCGACGACGGCCUUGUGCACCUACGCAUAUAUCACCUGGGAAGCGACGUGGUGACGGAGAAGCGGUUCAUUCCGCCUCGGCGUGGAGUGCGGGAGGCGCUGGCAAUGGCUGUGCGAGACGCCGUGCCACAGCCGCCCCCGGCGUCGGUGGCUAUCCGGCUCUACGCCGUUGGGAGCGACAUCGGCGACCAGCGUCUUCUGCGGGACGAGGACGCCGUCAACAAACUGCUACGAUCGUGCCUUGCCACAGGCUCCCCUUGCCACCUGACGUACCGCUUCGACGAUGAAGGUGCUUCCAAGCAAAUUACUGUGCCUACACCACAAGAAAACAUUGACAACCACAGUAAGACAAAUCCUCCACCACACAUCGGUAAAGUCAACACGGCAACACCCAAUAAUUCAAGCCACGUGGACGAGGCCAAGGCUCCUUCUGAAGCAGCAAAACACGUGGACGAGGCCAAGGCUCCUUCUGAAGCAGCAAAACACGUGGACGAGGCCAAGGUCUCUCUCUGA